GUUGGGAACAGCUGCCAUCGAUGCCCUCGGCACGAGGGCGCUGCGCUGCUACGGCCGGCGAGGGACGCCUCUUCGUGCUAGGUGGCACGGAUGACAACUCUCGAGAGCUCGAUGCGGUGGAGUGUUUCGAUCCGAGUACUUGGACUUGGGAGGUCCUCCCUCGGCUUCCGACGCCGCGCUGUGGUUGCGCCGCCGCAGCCCUGAGUGGAGCCAUCUUCGUCGUCGGCGGCCGCCGAGACGGCGACAAGCUUGCCACAGUAGAGCGAUUUGAUCUGCGACUCGGUCUUUGGGAGUCCGUCCUCGCCCUGUCGGGGCCACGGGACGCCUGCGCCGCUGCGGCCCUGGGCGCGAGGCUCUACGUCUUCGGUGGCCGAGGUGUGGGUGUGGCCGGCAACCAGACCCUGGCAAGCGCAGAGUGCUACGACAUCAGAACGAACCAGUGGACCACCCUCCCAUCGAUGCCGCAGGCGACCUGCGGCUGCGCUGCUGCGGCAGCCGAGCGCUAA